CGGGCCGUGCCUCGCCGCCGCUGGGGAAGGAGGAGCGGGGCGAUGUCGGAGCCGGUGCGGAGCACGCCGGCGCCGCUGCCCCUCAGCCACUUGGCCGAACCGCUGUUCCGGAGGCUCAGUGAGCUGCUGGACCGGGCAGCACCCGGAAAGGGCUGGCGGGACCUGGCACAGCGAGCGGGGAGCCGCGGCAGGGUCCGGCUGAGCCCUCUGGAUUUAGAGCAGUGCUCCCUCAAAGUGCUGGAGCCUAAGGGAAGUCCCAGCUGGAGCCUCCUGAAGCUGCUGGGAGAUCGAGGUUGCACUGUGGUGGAGCUUGUGGAGUUCUUGCAGGCCCUGGAGCACACAGAGGCUCUCCGAUGCCUUAGCUAUCCAGGUAUAGAGGUUACUGUCCAGCCAGACUCUCAAGCAGUGCUCUCUGGUCAGGUUGUCAAGCUGUGUUGCUGGGCAGCAGGACACCCAUUUGUGCAUUACCAGUGGUUCAAGCAGGAUAAAGAGGUUCCCCACGGCAAUUCUCCGGAGCUGGUCCUGAGUCCAGUGGCCGUCCGUGAUUCCGGCUUCUACAUCUGCCGGGUCAGCAGGGACUCCUCCUUUGCCUUCAGUCGCUGGGCACGGCUGGAUGUGUGUGAUCCCCAGGGUGCGCCUCCCGGGAGCUCAGUGGCUUGGCCUGAAAACAAGUUGCAGAUUUGUAUUCAGCCUCAGCCACAAACCCUGACAGUGGGGGAUGCCCUGGUACUAGAAUGUGGAGCUGCUGGAAACCCAAUUCCACAUUACCAGUGGUUCAGAAAUGGAUUUGCUUUGGAAAAUGAGGGCAAAAAUGUCUACAUGGUACCAUCUGCUGAUGUGGAACACCAGGGGACAUACUGGUGUCGCGUAUUCAAUGAGCAGGAGGAGCAGGACAGCCAGAAGAUAGAAGUCAUCAUAGGAAGGAAAGCUGUGGCGGUGGAGUGCGCAGAAGGUGACCUAAGCGAUCUUCCAAAUCCAGCAGACCUGCAAGAAGAGUCAAGUCACAGACCUGUAGCCACAGACAAGGUAGCUCUGUUAAUAGGAAACAUGAGCUACUGGAAUCACCCCCAACUGAAGGCUCCGAUGGUGGAUGUCUAUGACCUGACCAACCUGCUAAGGCAGCUGGAUUUCAAAGUUGUCUCUUUGCUGGAUCUCACUGCGUCUGAGAUGCGAAAUGCAGUGAGUGAAUUUUUACUUCUGCUGGACAAAGGAGUAUAUGGUUUACUGUACUAUGCUGGCCAUGGCUAUGAGAACUAUGGGAACAGUUUCAUGGUUCCUAUUGAUGCUCCAAAUCCCUACCGAUCUGCCAACUGCCUGUGUGUGCAGAACAUCCUCAGACAGAUGCAGGAGAGGGAGACAGGACUGAAUGUGUUCCUCCUGGAUAUGUGUCGGAGAAGAAAUGAAUAUGAUGACACAGUCCUUAUCUCGGAUGUGCUGAAGGUUACGGCCAACGUUGUUUUCGGAUACGCGACGUGCCAAGGAGCGGAGGCUUUUGAGAUUCAGCGGCCAGGGCUGGCCAACGGAAUCUUCAUGAAGUUCUUGAAGCACCGUCUGUUAGAAGACAAGAAGAUUACAGUGCUCCUUGAUCAGGUUGCAGAAGAUAUGGGCAAGUGCCACUUCACCGAAGGCAAGCAAGCGUUGGAGAUCCGCAGCAGUCUGUCCGAGAAAAGGGCUUUAACUGACCCCAUUCAGCAGGCCCUGUCUCCUGCAGGGUCUCUGGCACGGAACCUCCAGUGGGCCAAAGCUCACGAGCUCCCAGAGAGCAGGUACCUGGAGUUCAGCUGUGGUGUUCGGAUUCAGCUGGGCUUUGCAGCCGAGUUUUCCAACGUCAUGGUCAUCUACAUGCGAAUAGUAAAGAAGCCACCCGAAGUAGCAGUUUGCAGAGCCUACAUCACAGACUUUGCCCUUGACCUGGAUGUGGAUCCUAAAGAGGCCAAUAAGGGAACUCCUGAGGAAACAGGAAGCUAUUUGUUAUCGAAGGACCUCCCCAAGCACUGCCUCUACACCAGGCUGAGCUCGCUGCAAAAGCUGAAGGAACACUUGAUCUUCACUGUUUGCUUGCACUACGAGUAUUCAGGAAUAGAGGAUACGCUGGAUGAGAGGAAGGAGGUUGAUGUUGGGAAGCCCCUUAUUGCUAAAUUAGGCCUUCAUCACGGAUUCAAAACCGCUGACUGUCGCCAGAGCUGCUGCACAGCUGAUAAGCCUUGUCCUAAUCAAAUGGAAACGAGUUCAGUGACAAAUGAAUACUGCAUCCUUAGUCACUGCCGACCUACCUCCUGCCCAGGAUUUUACCAUCCACACCCCAUUUGCUCAGACAGCAUCAGACAACCAGAGGCAUGUUCUUGCAACGGGACUUCAAAGACACUAGCUUCCAGACAUGAAGUACAGAGUUACUCUCCCCCUGCGGAAGGGAGUAACGUACCAGUAGAGACCACUGACGACACUGCCGAACUGGAAUUUCUUCUCUCUGACCGCCUCAGGUUCUCCAAGCAGCAGCAGCUGUGAUGUGUGUUCAGAGCAGACCCCGAGCGUGGGACUUUCCACGCCGCUUAUCCGGCUUCUGGAGUCUGGGGCCUCAGGAGAGGGGGA